CAGACUUGUGAAAUGGAGUUCGUAGAGGGCUGGGAUAUCGUCCAAGUUUUGGGGGAGGGAGCUUUCGGUGAGGUGAAAUUGCUCGUCAAUCGAAAAACUUCGGAAGCUGUCGCCGUCAAACUCGUCGACCUCAGGAUUCACCUCACAGCAAUUAGCGAAAUUCGUAAAGAAAUCGGAAUCCACAAACUGUUGAACCAUGAAAACAUAUUGAAGUGUUUCGGCCAUCGGAAAGAUGACAAGUUCCAAUACAUAUUCCUCGAAUACGCCGCUGGCGGGGAGCUAUUCGACAGGAUAGAGCCGGACAUCGGCAUGGAUCCGGCUCAAGCUCAGAGAUACUUCCAACAGCUCAUCGCUGGAAUGGAGUAUCUGCACACCCGAGGAAUCGCUCACAGAGAUCUCAAACCCGAGAAUCUUCUGCUAGAUGCGAACGACAACCUCAAAAUAUCGGAUUUCGGUUUUGCGACAAUCUUCCGGCACAAGGGACAAGAAAGAUUGUUGGAUAAGAGAUGCGGCACUCUCCCAUAUAUAGCUCCAGAGGUACUCGUCAAGAAGUAUAGCGCACAACCGGCAGAUAUCUGGAGCUGCGGAGUGAUCUUAGUCACUUUGCUCGCGGGGGAGCUGCCCUGGGACAAACCGGCUGCUAAAUGUGCCGAAUAUGUGGACUGGAAAGAAGGAAAGGACUACGUUUCCCCAUGGCGGAAAAUCGACACUGUGGCUCUGUCUCUUCUGCGGAGGAUGCUGAGUCCGCGGGUGGAUCGACGGUACACUGUAUCACAGAUCAAACUGCAUCCGUGGUUCCUGAAGAAUUUCAAGGGUGCGGGAGCGUCGAGAGUUGUACACAACUUCGAGGAUGGCGCGAGCUCUCGGAAACGAAGCUGCAUCGAGAUCGGAGCCGCGCCGAACAGGAACUACAUGGAGCAGUUCUGUUUAUCGCAGCCAGAGUUCAUACGCCAAGUCACGGUCGAACCUGAUCUGCCGGCCGAGAAUCAACCGAAGCCGUACAUUUCGUGUCUUUCACAACCAGCCUGCUUGGACGAUAUCCUGCUGAACUCGCAGUUGAGCGGUGGAACGACGCAGACCACGCAGAAUCCGAUACAGCGGUUGGUCAAGCGCAUGACGAGGUUCUUCGUGGAGACGUCCGCGGAAGAAACUUGCAACAAGCUCAAGGAGAUCUUGAACAAAUUAUCUUUCAACUACAAAGUCAACGGCUUGGAAUUCACCGUGACGUUGCAUGACAAGCGUCGGCAAAGGCUCGUAUUCAAGGCGAACGUCCUCGACAUGAAUGGUUCGGUUCUUGUCGACUUCAGACUGAGCACCGGAUGCGGUCUCGAGUUCAAAAAAUAUUUCCUCGACUUGAAACAGCGCCUUAAAGACAUUAUCGUGCUCGGACCGGUUUCGUGGCCGCUCGCGAUGGCGUCAUUGAACAAAACGUUCUGUCCGACCUGAGAAGCGGCCAUUCUAACAUAGGUAUAUAUCUGACCUGUUGACACGUGAGAUCGAAUAUCAAAUCACUAGGGAUCGUCCCGUACAACUCCGUUCGGUGAAUCGGGGACGAUCGCGGAAGUGUUCGCAAGUGAGACUAACUGAUUGAUUGACGGAACGAUAGAGUGAGAGAUACAAGAGACAAGUGCGAAUAAUUGUAAAAUGGAAAAGAGCCGCGCGAAGGAGAAGACAACUCGAUGAGCCAUAUACGAUGAGGUACGACCCUGUAAAAUAAUUGUAAGCUCCAUCCCUCGUGCAAAUCCAUCGGAAUAAAGCGCUUUUGUUAGAACUGUCCAACCAAAUAAAACGCCCGUGAUGAAGACUAGAUU